CAUCCUACACCUCAAGCAAAUGGCUGGUGGACUGGUGCAUCUGUCUUUCGGCAUCAAGAUGAUGAUAGAUCUAUUGGCUCAUCCACCAAUAACCUCAAAGUUUCGUCUUCUAAUAGCUUCUGUGAGCUUGCCGCUGCUUGCAGUGCUAGUGAUCAUGGCGCCAGUUCUACCGUACUGCCUUUGCCGGGCGAGGCGCAUCUGCGUCUACCGCCUGGGCAGCAAUUACUGGCCGUGGCUGGAAAGCGUGGUGUUAUCCGUUUACUUUGUCCUGGAUUAGCCAGCUGUCCCGUAAGCUUGACUGGACAUGGUCAAGCGAUCAACGAGCUCCGCUUCCAUCCUGCAGACCCUGCUCUUCUCUUCUCCUUCAGCAAGGGUCAGCUUCCGUCUAAUUGGUGGGAUACAGUAACUUGA